AUGCCGACCAGCAGACUAAUAAUAAUUCUUAUAGCUCUCGAAGGGACCGUUCUACGUCGCCUCGAAACUAUCGGCCUUCGUAUUCUCCCCGGCGCAGGAGCUCAUCUCCAAGGGGCAAUAGGAAUGGACGAGAAGACAAAUAUAGAGAAGACAGGUAUAAAGAGGAAAGGUACAGGGAAGACAAGUAUAGUAAAGACGAUAGAUACAAUGAUCGGAGCCACGCCCGUGGAAAUCAUAGAGACGAAAGAACAUACAGGGAUCAUCCCUCACAUGGCUCUGAAAGAAGAGGACCUUUCAGAAGAACCAAACCCUGGCUCGGAUAAAGAAAGACGUGACUCGACUACAUUGUAUGUGGGUAACCUUCCAUACAAUUUUCGCGAGCAAGACGUUGCCGAUAUGUUCGAGCGAUAUGGUCGUCUGCGUAAAGUAACUGUACAAAUUGAUCACUACACCGGUCGUAACAAAGGGUUUGCGUUUGUUGAAUUCGAAGACAGGCGAGACGCAGAAGAUGCUUUCGAUAAAUAUAACGGUUUCACUGUUGAAGGUCGCAGGCUUAAGUUGGAUUGGGAUAUUGGACUAUCAAAGAAGGAUCAACACCGUCGAGACAAAUAUGGACCGAAUGAUUAUGGUGGCCGAUCAGCAGACCCCUACGGACGUGGUUCAUCUCCCGUGCGUGGUUAUAGUCCCAAUUAUAGGGGUGGUGCACGCACGCCCAGUCCAUACCGCCGAUGA